AGAGAGACGAGGCGGAGUUGUGGUGGGUUUCAGUAGCAGAGGCGCUCGCUCCUCUUCAGCACUCAGUCACCUGAAGACUCGGUGUGGAAACAAUAACACGCUUAGUGGAGGAGCUUCACCGCGGCACGGCGGAGACGGAGCUGAACCCUGAGCCAUAUGAGUAACGACAACACGGACACGGAUUCUGUCCCGGUUUGCUCGCCUCGCCUCGACCUCGUCUCGCACUGCGGGCUGCCUGCGCUGCCCUACGGCUGAGAGCCCGGCGCCGGACCAACCGACCCAACGGACCGGACGGGACCCGGUCGGUCGCUGCGUUCAUUAACAUUGUUAACGAGACUCGCAGCCGCCGCAUUUUACUGUUUUUCACGAACAUAUAAACAAGCCAAGUAGCCACGUUUGAGUUUUAUGUAGUUUUAGUGUGAGUUUAACCGCUCUUUUAUUAUUUGGUCUGUUCAGUUAGCUAGCUAUAGCUAUCUAAAGCAGGAUAAGUUAGUUCAGUGGACGAGCUGAAUGGAAACUGGGGGUUGCUAAGCUAGCUACGUUAGCUAGCUAGCUGGAAUGCUAAUCGGUCAGCUAGCUAACGUUAGCUCACUGGCGUUGUUUUUAAAUGAGCCUCUAAGGCACUUAGCUAGCUUGCUAACCAUGUCUGUACUGAGAAGCUGCAGCACGUAGUAGUUACCGCUAGCUAGCUAGUGAAAACGAAUGUGUUAACAAAACAUUUGGUUCGUUGGUGACAAAAAGCUGAGAAAAUUCGCGUGUAUUUCGCGGCAUAAUCGCUUUAAGUUAGCCAGCCAGCUAACCUAACCUAUAGCUAGCAUUAACUAUCUAACAGUGAGCUAGCUAUUCAGCUCUAAUGUUUUAUGCAGGUAAUUUAACCUAGCUUAGCUGUGUCAGCAGAGCUUUUUAUUUUUUAGCCAGCUAGGUUAACACGCUGCUCUAGUGGUGAUUUUCUGCUUGUAUUCGGGGAACAAGGCUUUCUGUGCCUAAUUCUUUAGAUUUUAGUCUGUUCCUGAAGAAGAGGAGGAGAGUUUAAACUGGACACGUUUCCCUCCUCGCUCGACUGGAGAUUGCUUUACUACCACCGCAGCAGCAGGAGUGGUGCCUCUUUUGAGUGUUUCUGGAUAAUCUAGCUACCUAAAGCUGAAGGAUUUACCCGCCCCACCACUCCUCCUUCUCCAUUCCCCCGCUCGUCUUCUGCAGCCACCGUCUCUAAUGCAGAGGGCCUGACGGUCGCCGGUAUCCUCCCCCCCGGCCAUGCUGAAGUGUAUCCCCCUGUGGCGGUGCAACCGCCACGUCGAGUCGGUGGACAAACGGCACUGCUCGCUGCACUCAGUGCCCGAUGAGAUCUACCGCUACAGCCGUAGUCUGGAGGAGUUACUGCUCGACGCCAACCAGCUGAGAGAACUUCCCAAGCCUUUCUUCAGGCUGCUAAACCUGCGGAAGCUGGGCCUGAGUGACAAUGAGAUCCAGAGACUGCCCGCUGAAGUGGCCAACUUCAUGCAGCUGGUGGAGUUGGACAUCUCCAGAAAUGACAUUCCUGAAAUCCCAGAGAGCAUUAAGUUCUGUAAGGCGCUGGAGAUUGCAGACUUCAGUGGAAACCCCCUCUCCAGAUUGCCUGAUGGCUUUACGCAGCUUAGAGCACUAGCCCACCUUGCACUCAAUGAUGUGUCACUACAGUCACUACCAAACGACAUAGGAAACUUGGCUAACCUGGUAACUCUGGAGCUGAGGGAGAAUCUGCUGAAGUCUUUACCCACCUCUCUAUCCUUCCUGGUUAAACUGGAACAGCUAGAUUUGGGCAGCAAUCAACUGGAAGUAUUGCCGGACACAUUGGGGGCCUUGCCUAACCUUCGGGAGCUAUGGCUGGACAGGAACCAACUCUCUUCGCUACCUCCAGAGCUGGGAAAUCUUCGACGGCUUGUUUGCCUGGACGUGUCAGAAAACCGGCUCACAGAGUUGCCCUCUGAGAUCAGUGGCCUCAUUGCCCUCACUGACCUGCUUCUCUCACAGAACCACCUGGAUGUUGUGCCUGACAGUAUCGGCUCUUUGAAGCAGUUGUCCAUUUUCAAAGUGGACCAAAAUCGCCUGGUGCAUCUCACUGACUCGAUUGGCGAGUGUGAGAACCUCACAGAACUUAUGCUGACAGAGAAUCUUCUACAGUCUCUCCCUCGCUCCCUGGGGAAGCUGAAGAAGUUGACCAAUCUGAAUGUGGACCGUAACCGUGUGAGCAGCGUUCCAGCAGAGCUGGGCGGCUGUGCCAGUCUGAACGUGCUCUCGCUCAGAGAUAACCGCGUGGGCAAGCUACCUGCUGAGCUCGCCAAUGCCACUGAGCUGCAUGUACUAGAUGUGGCAGGAAACAGGCUACAAAACCUGCCCUUCGCACUGGCUAAUCUAAACCUAAAGGCCAUGUGGCUGGCGGAGAACCAGUCUCAGCCCAUGCUGAAGUUCCAGACGGAGGACGACGAGCGCACAGGAGAGAAGGUCCUCACCUGUUAUCUGCUGCCCCAACAACCAACACCCAGCUUAGAGAACCUGCUACAGAGCAGUGUGGAUGAAAGCUGGCCCACAGACACUAAUCUAAACAGAGUGUCAGUCAUCCAGUUCCAGGAGGAGGCCAAGCCGGAGGAGGAGGAUGAGGAGUCUGCAGAGAGAAGGCAGGGUCUCCAGAGACGAGCCACCCCUCACCCCAGCGAGCUGAAGGUGAUGAAGAAUGUGAUCGAGGCCAGACGAAACGAGGCCUACACGUCCAAGCCAGAUGAUGACCUGGACUCUCCAGACAGAGAGGAGAAGCGAUUAAGUAAUCUUUCCAACCAGAGCCACGACUCCCAAGCCUCCAACAGCACUGCCUCAGCCAACUCUCAUGAAGAGAAACGAGCAGUGAACUUUAUUGGGGUGGAGCUUAAUGACAAACAUGAGCAAGAGGAGGAGGAGCUUGAUGAGAUGGAGGUGGAAUAUAUUGAGCCUACUGUGCACUUUGCUGAGGAACCGAUCAUCCGUGGUGGUGAUGAUGAAGACGAGGAGGAUGAUGACGAAGAUGAGGACGGCGCAAACCGGAGCGACGAGGAUUCACGGCCUCCUCAGUUCCCAGCCGAGAAACAGCGGCUCAUCCGCAAAGACACACCGCACUACAAAAAGCACUUCAAGAUCACCAAGCUGCCCAAGCCAGAGACAGUGGCCGCCCUGCUGCAGGGCUUCAGCGCAGACGGCCUGUCUCCCUCUGCCCACACGCCCGAGGACCAGAGAGAUGAAGAUGAGGACGAGGAAGAGGACGAGGAUGUAGUAACGGUCAACACCCCUCUGCUUCAGAGACUGGAAGCUGCUGAGCUGGAGGACAGCAGGCUGAAUCAGGUGAACUCUUCGCCUCAGCCGGUGAAGGGGGUGUCAUUUGAUCAAGUCAAUAAUCUGCUGAUUGAGCCUGCUCGAAUUGAGGAGGAAGAGCAUGUCCUCACCAUCCUGAGACAGACCGGUGGAUUAGGCAUCAGCAUAGCUGGAGGGAAAGGAUCCACUCCUUACAAGGGUGAUGAUGAGGGUAUCUUCAUCUCCAGGGUGUCGGAAGAAGGCCCAGCAGCACGAGCUGGGGUCAAAGUGGGAGACAAAUUACUUGAGGUAAAUGGGGUAGAUCUGCAUGGAGCAGAGCACCACGCAGCAGUAGAGGCGUUGCGGAGCUCUGGAACGGCAGUGACCAUGAGUGUGCUUCGUGAGCGGAUGGUAGAACCUGAGAACCCAAUCACUACUACACCUCUGAGACCAGAGGACGAUUACUUCCCUCGGGAAAGAAGAUCCAGCGGCCUUCCCUUUCUGCUGGAGACUGGAUCCACUUCUGUCAGUGCAGGCCCCUGCCAGCGUCUGGCCACCUGCUUGGUGCGCAAUGACAAGGGCUUAGGCUUCAGCAUCGCUGGGGGCAAAGGAUCCACGCCAUAUCGGACAGGAGACACGGGGAUCUUCAUCUCUCGUAUUGCUGAGGGAGGUGCUGCUCACAGAGAUAACAUCCUUCAUGUUGGAGACCGGGUCAUAACUAUCAAUGGUGUAGACAUGACAGAAGCCAGACAUGACCAGGCAGUAGCUCUGCUUACCGGCACCUCCCCCACCAUCACCCUGCUGGUCGAGCGGGACCAGGCAAGUGUAGGUGGCUCUUCGCCCCGAACGCGGCCCCACUCACCUCCUCCUCCAGAGCCCUCUGACUCCCCUGAGCAAGAGGAGGCUGGAGAUGAGCCGCUGGGGAACCAUCUCAGUUGCCCGAUGGAGGAUGAGUACCCCAUAGAGGAAGUGACACUGGUCAAAACUGGUGGCCCUCUAGGGCUAAGCAUUGUGGGUGGCAGUGAUCAUGCCAGCCAUCCAUUUGGCGUCAGUGAACCGGGCGUGUUCAUUUCGAAGGUCAUUCCCAAUGGUUUGGCCUGUCAGAGUGGGCUGCGGGUGGGCGAUCGGAUCCUAGAGGUCAACUCCACUGACCUGCGGCACGCCACACACCAGGAGGCGGUGAAAGCUCUGCUCUCCAACAAGCAGGAAAUCCGCAUGUUAGUCCGCAGAGACCCUUCACCCCCAGGCAUGCAGGAAAUUGUUAUUUACAAGCAACCAGGAGAGAAGUUGGGCAUCAGCAUCAGAGGAGGAGCCAGAGGGCAUGCAGGCAACCCCUUCGACCCCACAGAUGAAGGCAUCUUCAUCUCCAAGGUAAGCUCCAGUGGAGCUGCUGCGCGAGACGGCCGCCUUAACGUGGGCAUGAGAAUCCUGGAGGUGGGCAACCACAGUCUCCUGGGCAUGACCCAUACAGAAGCUGUCAGGGUCUUACGUGCUACUGGAGAUACGUUAUUCAUGCUGGUGUGUGACGGCUUCGACCCAAGAAACGCACCAGGCGUGGAGGCGUCUCCAGGUGUCAUCGCUAACCCGUUUGCAGCUGGUAUUGUCCGAAAGAAUAGCAUGGAGAGCAUCUCCUCAAUAGACAGAGACCUGAGCCCAGAGGAGAUAGACAUCAUGCAGAAGGAAGUUGAGAUGGUGAGGGAGACGUCUCAGUGGGAGCGUGAGGAGAUGGAGAAAGUGGAGCGAAUGCGCUUGGAGCGUGAGGAGGCUACUCGCCUGCUGGAGGAGGAAACUGAGAACUUGAGCACUGCACCUCUGAAACUGGACUACAAGACACUGGCAGCCCUUCCCACAACCAGUCUACAGAAAGUUGCACGGCUCUGCCUUUCCUCUGUUGAAUCCUGUCCCAUGGAGACUGCUCUUCAGGCCAGGCAGCCUGGCUCUAUAGAACACCACGGCUUUGAUAAAGCUCAUGCUACCCUGUACCAUGUAGACGCUCCCGUCCUGCCCUCCCCCUGCCUGGUUACGAGCACAGCAGCACCCACACAUCCCCCAGCUAUGCAGGACACUGCUCCAGCUCCUGCAACUGCACAGGAGAUGCAAGAAGAGGAGUGUCUGGUGGACUCUCAGCCAAUCAGUUUCAGUGAAAAUCCCUUCCUGAUAGCGAAUCGCAAAGGCAAAGGCCGCCCUGCUGUGGAGUGCCUGCUUUCAGGGCCACCCACAGGCUAUGGCAGAAAGGGGCAGCUUCAGACCUCGUUGUAUAACAAGGGUCCAUCUGUCGAGGCCCAAAGGAUAGACAGUCCUGUCCGAGAGCAACUUUACUCCCCCAGUUCUCCACUGCCAUCCCUUCAUCCGCCCUCAUCCUCAGCCCCUCUGGCCCUGGGCAGGGAGACGAGAUUCGCAAGCAUUAAUUUCACCUCCAAUGUGGCUGUCAAGGACAAUUCAUCAACCAAGCCUGGUGCCAUCCAGCCCAUCUCCCGGAUACGGCCUGCCAUGUCUCCAGCCAGUCAGGAUGGCCACAGUAGUCCCAACCCUUUCCAGCAUGGCCCCUCCCCCAUCAACUCCCAGACCACUCCUCGCGCCCCUUCCCCUGAUUCUUUCGACGAAUUCCCCAUCAAUAUCAAGCAGGCAUAUAAGGCCUUCGCAGCUGUGCCUCACUCCCUGGCUGUGCUGGAGCCUCCGCAGGAUAUAUAUGCUCAGAGGAACAAUAUCCACCCAAUGCAACCAUCACCAGAGCCUGAUCUGAGUAAUGAGGUGUUUGUAGAGGAGAGUGAAGAUCACGGGUCCCUGACCCCUCGUCCCUCCCAGUCGGCUGACUGGCGUGAGUACAGGAGUCUGGCCGCUGUGCCACGCCUGUCUCGCCCCUCUCUGGAGUUGAAGACUCCCCCGCCAUGUGGAAGAGGCAGCCCAGAGCAGCGUUCCUUCAGAGACCGGCAGAAGUACUUUGAGAUCGAUGUGAAGCAGCAGACCCCCGAAAAGCCUAAACCUCGCGUUUCACUCGUUGGAGAGGAUGACCUGAAGAAAAUGAAGGAGGAGGAGGCAAAGCGAUUUGAGCAGAGAACACAGGACUAUUUAAUGGAUGAGGAUGAGGAGGACGAAGAGGAAGAUUUGGCUAAGCAGAUGGCAGCGAUGAAGGCCCAAGGCAAGGUUAUCCUGGAUGGAGUGGAAUACAAGGUGGAGCCUGUUGGCAGCCACACUUCUAAUUCGCCCAGGCAGUGUGCCACACCCCCCAACUACAGUGCCACGCCUCCUAGCUACUGUGGCAGCUCAGGACCCUCCUCUGUAGAUGGUAGAGUUGAUUCCCAGCGUAAUUCCAUGGAGGACAGCUUUAGACUGGAGCAGAGACCCAACUCAAUGACCGGUCUGAUUCCUGUCUAUCCCGGCGAGUCUGUGGCUCCCAUUCGCACAGCCAAAGCCGAGCGCAGGCACCAGGAGAGACUGCGUAUGCAGAGCCCGGAGCUUGCGGUGGCUACUGACAAGGAGCUCUCACCUGCGGAGAAACGAGCCCUGGAGGCUGAGAAGAGAGCAAUGUGGAGAGCGGCCAGGCCUUAUGGUCUAGAGGAGGACGUUAGACAGUAUGAGCAGGACCUGGCCAAGAGGCUGUACCAGUCGCGUGUGAAGGCGUCGUUAGGCAGCUCUGCAAACCCUCCCGCUUCCUGCUCCUCUUCCUCUCAGCCCAGAAUGAAGUCUCUGGAGCAGGAUGCUCUGAAGGCUCAGAUGGUCAUUGCAAAAUCCAAGGAGGGCAGAAAGCGGGGGACCCUGGACCAGUUAGCCGAAUCACCCUCUCCUGCUCCCACGCCCUCGCCCACCCCUAUGGAUGAUGUCAGUCCGCGGGUCGUGACGUCUCCGGGUCGACUGUCCCUGUCAGAAAAGAAGUUUGACUACCGACAGUUCGCUGCCAUUCCUUCUUCCAAACCCGUAUACGACAUUCAGUCUCCUGGUGCCACAGACGACUCUCGCUUUAUAGAUGACGCCCCCACUAACCCAGCUUCCUAUGCAGACGCUGAGAUGCCGGUAGCUCCGGUGGCGGCCACCACAGCUCUGGAGGAGAUGGCUCUGUACAGCAACAAGCGCAAACUCCGACAAGGUCGACGCAGCCUGGAGACGCCUGUUCCCACAUAACCACCUCCACACACACGCGCUCUCACACACACACGCACAUUCAUACAUGAUUAUGAGGGUAGAAUACAUUAAGUAGCAAUGCUAAGAAGUAUAAACUAAACUCAAAUAUAACACCUUCAUAGAGAUGUGUGAAAACGCCUCCACAGAUCAACGUUCAACCACUCUAGCUUCAGCGCCGACCACCACGGCCGAUUUAAAAAAAAAAAUAAAAUAAAAAAAACACUACAGCUUCUUGUCUCCUGCACACCAGUCUUGCCUUUGCAGUUGGCAUAGAUACAGAAAACUCCUCCUCCUCCACCUCCCUAGUAGUUGAUGUUGGGGAUGGUAAAGCUCAUAGCAGAUAUUAAUGGUUUUAUUUUCUCCUUUCCUUCAGUUUGCGUUUUAGAAGCUGAACUAUUUUUAAAGGAUACUGUUUGGGGUUCUUUUUUUAAUACUUCAGUUUUAAAUCUCUGAUUUUAAUGUAAAAAAAGGUUCUUAAUUAUAAAAGAAUAGAAAAGACAAUGUAAAUGUUUAGAUUUUCUGACUUUCAAGCUGUUUGAAGAGAGAACAUUCUGCUACCUUCCCUGCCCCGUAAAGCCUAGGAUGGUUUAGAUUUUAAACCAUACAUAAUAAUAAUAAACACCUUAUGCGUAAUUUAUUUCUGUAAUUAUAUCCUCUCAUUCUCACAGAGGCUUCCUUUUAUUGCAGAUUUUAUUCGAAUCAUAAUUGGGAAAGAAAACAGGCGCAGACAACAUUUUAAAAACAUAUCUGUAAAAUGAAACAAAUGAAUGUACCUUUUUGUUUUGUUUUUUUUGUAUUAUUAUUUUUACAAAUUGUAACUUUUGUCUGACAUUAAACACAAAAUAAUUCCAUAACAGAUUUCAUUUAAAUGUAGCAUCAUGUUGCUGAAAAACUAAGCAGCUCCCUGAUCUGAUCUGUUCUGUUAUCAUCGGUAUUAAGACUAAUGUCAUCUUUCAUCUGCAUGGUGAUUACACUGUUUGACUCUACUCACAUUUUGAUACCUGGUACCUGGUUAAUUUUCACCAUCUACCACAGCUUACCCCUGAAAUGUUGUUGAUCUUCAGAGCAGCGACGCUGUUAAGGUCAGACGGGUCCUCAGUAGGACUGUUGUAUCACGUAUGGAAUGGUCUGAUAAGGAUUCGUGGUGAUUACACACAAGAAUGUCAUGUAAAGAUGUUUAGGCACGAAAGCUGUGUGCUUUUAUGUUUUUUCACAGAAAUAAUUUGUAUGUUCGUAUUUGUAUUUUCGUGGUCCUGUUUUUCUUUUUAUGCAUGGGCCCAGAGAAUUGCGUGUAACUGAUGGAUAGGAGAAGGAUACAUCAGCUGCGGCUCAGCUGUAUGUAAAUGCAGUUUGGAGUAGUCUUUUAUAGGGUUACGACCAAGAAAUUCAGACGAGGCUGGGGCAUGGCUAAUAAAGACUGCUUUAAGGAGGUCAUUUUUCAUAACUCUGCAUUGUCACAUUAAGAGUGACUAUUCUUAUUGACCAAUCAGCAUCGCGUUUUAGUCUGUACUUUCUACAAAUGAGCAGACAUAAAAAAAGGACCCAGAUUUAGGUACCAGGUAGCAAAAAAGCUGACUAGAGUUCACCAGUGUAGUGGAAAAGCACCAUAAAAUAGUAAGCCGAUAUUAAACAUCAAAUUUCAAACUGCUAUGGAAGUUAUUUUGUUCUUUAAGUGCUGUAAUUACUUUAAAACCCUUUACUGGAAUUUCCUCACGUCUACUGCUUGGAUCAUAUGCUGGCUCACUAUUUCCUGGAACAUUCCUGUUGCCAGAUUGAUGAUUAGAAAGAAAAACUCAACAGUAGACACAGGCGCAUAUGUCCAAAUAUAUACAAUCAUUGUCAGACCAUUAUCUUGAUCUUUAAUGUGCCAGUCUACAGAGAAGGUCCAACAUGCCAUCUCCAUCAACAUAUGGUACCGUGCUUUCUAUUUAUGUAACUCUGGGGUUGGGGGAACUCUACUACUACUUUCACUUGGUGUGAAUCUCAUAUCUUCACUCAUAUCUUUUUUGUUUUUUUCAGACAGGCAUGUGAAGGUAGUAGAUUAUUUUAUUACUGGUUAUUAUUUUUUUAUUUUUCACUCUAAUCUUUGAUUAAUUUAAAUCUGAAGCCACUGAAAUUCUUCUCCUCGUGUGAAUAAUGUACAAAAUGCUGCGAGAAGCAAAAAUCCAAG